AUGGAUGAUGUUACAACAGCUAACAACGCCUCCGGGGCGCCGGUAUGGAACAUCAAAGCCGGCAUAUCCCUCAUUCUCUGCAUCACCGGUCUAGGUUUCAACGGAAUACUGGUGCUGACCUUUCUCGUUAACCGUCACCUGUGGAGUCCCUUCAACAUUUACCUCUUCAACCUGCUCUUCGCCAACCUAGUGUACUUCAGUACGGAGUCUGGUUUUGACAUUGUGGCAAAUCUGUAUGAGGUGUGGUGGCUAAAUUCCGCUUGCUGUACCGUGUAUAUGUACGGUUGGUGGGUGGUGUCCUUAGUUCAGUUGACCACACAUCCGCUGAUCGCCACCAACCGUAUCUGGGCAUUGUGGGCGCCCAUUAAUUACCGGCGUCACCACGGCUACCAGGCGGCCAUCGGCCUAUGUGUGGUUACGUGGAUUUGUGGGCACAUCAUCGGGUUGUGGGGAUUGCUGGCUGAUCAUCUCUACUAUCGGAAGCUGGAGAACCCUAAGUGUGAGAUUGAUACGGAAACGGAGGUCACUCAGAGAGUGUGGAUGUUGAUUGUGCAGCUUAUCAGUAUUGCGGCGGUGGUGACGAUUGUCACGGCUUUUCCGCUAAUCGUCUAUAAAGAUCAUCAGCGAAAGAGAAUUCGCGGAGUGGUUUCGGGGCUAAAUGGGAUUGGGAAUGAAACAACUAAUGGAAAGGGAAUAACGCAACAAAAACCAGAAGAUGCCGCGGGGGAAGAGCAACACCGUUCCCAUGCGCAGCCAACAGUAACACUUGGAACAACACUGCCGCGCAAUCCUAAAGAGCGCUCCAAUGCCCACACCCUUCUCCUUUUCGUGUUGACUGUCAGUGUCUUUAUUUUCUGGUCUCCAUCCGUAUUCUACUACACGGUUGUCGCGUUUAUCGGCUAUGCCAAUCCGACGGUGGAUAGUGUCGUCAUGAUUAUGUUCAAUGUCCAGUCAGUACUGGAUCCGAUUUUAUUUACGCUGACCUUACGCAGUUUACGUAAUACUGCAAUCAAUACAAUCUGCUUCUGGAAACGCUAA